AAAUGCUGAACGUAUACGGCUCGGUUCGUUGAGUGUUCUCUUUCAUUUAGUUGUCAGUUUAUUGCGUUUCCGUCUCACACGUCUGUGAGGCAAUUUAUAAUUAAAUGAAAUAAUUAAUCUAUACCAGAAUAUUAAUUGUGAACAAAACGUACCAACUAACAAAACAAAUAAUGGAAAUCAAGGUUUGUGUCAUAUUUGUUUCGCUGGUAAUCGGUGUCAACUGCAAUCAAAGGAAUGUUCAGUUUGCAGAGGAUACUGCUCUUUCGGGCUUCAAAUGUUCAGCUACGGAACAAAUUGGCGAUGUAGUUCUGACACAGACCACUCAGAUGUGCACGAGCGUGUGCGCUAGUACCGACGGCUGCAAGUCGGUAUUUUACAAACAUUCUGAAUGCGUUAGAUGCCGUUCUAGAUACAGGAAGGCUGGCGAUGCAAGGCUGAUGCCUAUGGCGGGAAGUGUCAGCUACAGAACCGUUGUGCGCUGUAAUCCGGGAUGGCUGUCGCUCCUGGACUCGUGCUAUCUGUGGAAUUCGUCAACAAUAAUGACAUUUUAUAAAACGAAGGAUUAUUGCUCGAGUCUUGGUGCGCACGUCCUGUAUAUUGAUUCGGCCGAGGAAAAAGAUGUCGCUUCAAACUUCCUGCCAGAAAUUGCCGUAUCUGACAGAAAGGCUUGGAUAGGCAUACAGCUGAAAAAUAAAACGUGGAUCUCGUCCAUUAACGGCAAAUUGGUUGCGUACUUUAAUUGGGCGUCGGGUGAGCCGGAAAAUUUCGGAGAAGAUUGCGCUAUCACGCUCGGACCUGACCUAUGGCGAUGGGGAGAUACUAUGUGUACCGGUCUUAGACAUGUCGUCUGUGAAAAAGACAUGUAGUUUAAAUUGUUCACACAAUUUUAUCUACAGUGCGCGUAACCAUCAAGAAGCUGAUAAAUGCAUACUUCAUUGAAGACCUCUUCACUGCCGACUGUGUUUGACAGUUUUGUACUCGAAGAAAUCGUUGUAAUGGAUACCAAUGCAUAUCAUCGAUUACCAGGAAAACGAACAUUGAUCGCUCUGUGUUUAUAUUUUUCCUAUGAUGUUAGGUAAUUUUGUUGGAUUAAACAAAUGUUUGCUAUCAAUAACCACUUUAGAAUCCAGCCAUAUUUCAAUAGCUCAUAUUUCAAUCCUGGUAAUGUCUGUUUGUCAUGCCAAUUGGUAAUUUCUAUUGGACAGUUCUAUUAGUCAUGUCUAUUAGUCAUGUCUAUUGGUCAUGUCUAUUGGUCAUGUCUAUUGGUCAUGUCUAUUGGUAAUGUCUAUUGGUCAUGUCUAUUGGUAAUGUCUAUUGGUCAUGUCUAUUGGUAAUGUCUAUUGGUCAUGUCUAUUAGUCAUGUCUAUUAGACAUGUCUAUUGGUCCUGUCUAUUGAUCAUGUCUAUCGGUCAUGUAUAUCGGUCAUGGUUAUCGGUCAUGUCUAUUGGUCCUUUCUAUUGGUUAUGUCUAUUGGUCAUGUCUAUUGGUCAUGUCUUUUGGUCAUGUCUAAUGGUCAUGUCUAUUGGUCAUGUCUAUUGGCCAUGUAUAUUGGUCAUGUCUAUUAGUCAUGUAUAUUUGUCAUGUCUAUUAGUCUUGUCUAUUAGUCAUGUCUAUUGGUCAUGUCUAUCUGUCUUGUAUUUUUGUCAUGUUUAUUGUUCAUGGCUAUUGUUCAUGGCUAUUGUUCAUGUCUAUUGUUCAUGUAUAUUGGUCAUGUAUAUUGGUCAUGUCUAUUUGUCACGUCUAUUGGUUAUGCCUAUUGGUCAUGUUUAUUGGUCAUGACUAUUGGUUAUGCCUAUUGGUCAUGUCUAUUGGUCAUGUCUAUUGGUCAUGUCUAUUUGUCAUGUCUAUUGUUCAUGUCUAUUGUUCAUGUCUAUUGGUCAUGUAUCUUUGUCACGUCUAUUGGUUAUGCAUAUUGGUCAUGCCUAUUGAUCAUGUUUAUUGGUCAUGUCUUUUGGUCAUGUCUAUUUAUCAUGUCUAUUGGUCAUGUGUAUUGGUCACGUAUAUUGAUCAUGUGUAUCGGUCAUAUCUAUCGGUUAUGUCUAUCAGUUAUGUCUAUCAGUUAUGUCUAAUGCUCAUAUCUUUUGGUUAGUCUAUUGGUCAUGUCUAUUGGUCAUGUCUAUGGAUCAUGUCUAUUGGUCAUGUCUAUUGGUCAAGUCCAUUGGUCAUAUAUUUUGAUUAUGUUUAUUGGUCAUGUCUAUUGGUCAUGCCUAUUUGUCAUGCCUAUUGGUCAUGUAUAUUGGUCAUGCCUAUUGGUCAUGUAUAUCGGUCAUGUCUAUCGGUCAUGUCUAUCGGUCAUGUCUAUUGGUCAUGUCUAUUGGUCAUGUCUAUUGGUCAUGUCUAUCGGUCAUGUCUAUUGGUCAUGACUAUUGGUCACGUGUAUUGGUGAUGGCUAUUGGUGAUAUCUAUUGGUUAUGUGUAUUGGUCAUGUUUAUUGGUCAUGUCUAUUGGCCAUGUGUAUUGGUCAUGUGUAUUAAUCAUAUGUAGUGGUCAUGUUUAAUUGUCAUGUCUAUUGGUCAUGAUUAUUGGUCAUAACUAUUCGUAACGUCUAUUGGUCAUGUCUAUUUGUCAUGUGUAUUGGAAAUGUCUAUUGGUCAUGUCUAUUGGUCAUGUCUAUUGGUCAUGUCUAUUGGUCACGACUAUUGGUCACGUCUUUUGGUCACGUCUAUUUGUCAUGUCUAUUGGUCAUGUAUAUUGGUCAUGUCUAUUGGUCAUGUCUAUUGGUCAGAUCUAUUGGUCAUGUCUAUUGGUCAUGUCUAUUGGUCAUGUCUGUUUUUCAUGUCUAUUGUUCAUUUCUAUUGGUGAUAUGUAAUUCCCACAACGAAUUUUAGACACACAAUUUCAGCUCAGUCCAUCUGCAGGAUAAUUAAUUUUAGUUGAAGUUUGAUUUGCUUAAAACAAAUGCUGUAUUCAUAUAAACAUAGAACGUUCGCUAUUUUCAACAGAAGAAUUUUCGAGAGGUUUUCGAUGAGGAAGUUGCUGACGGCUUGCAUGGGUCUUUUUUGAUUGACUUUUCAAUUCAUGUUGUGAUGUUGUUGUGUUUUUAAUCUUUUAUAUUAUAUAAAUAUUGUGUAUAUGAUUUGCAUUAAUAUAUUUAUUCAAUUUACUUGACGAUAACAACAAUGAAACAACUAUAAUCAAUAACUACUUAACUAUUUUUGCACUAUCGAAAUAAUUUUCGAAUGAUUAAGUUGUUAUCGAUAUAUUAUCGAAAUAAGUUUGCAUUGAUUUUUAUAGCUAAAAUUUUCACAUCAGGGUGUUUCGUAUUGAUCUAUACCUUUAAAGAUUGUGUUACAACUUGUUCAUAGAAGUUUAAUGUAGUAUGUAUGUGCUUGUUUACUAAAUAAAUACUUAAUUUACCACCAACUUGCAUUAUUUCAUUGUAAUCAUAUGUUGAUCCUUUUUCAUUUAUGUUUUUUUUUAACUGCAUACAAGCAGUAAAUAUUUUUGCUGCUGUAUUUAUACUCAGAAAAAUAAAUUAUUAUCUUCGCAAAACUAAAUAUUUACAUAACAACAAGGCAUUAAAGAUAAGGCUGAAUUGUAUUGUUAAGAAAUGAAUGAAGAAAGAGCCAGCGUUGACACAGAGAUUAAUUACAAAACUAAACUACCAUGUUUGUAUAAAUGAUUACUGAAAACUUAGAAUAAAAAAGAACUAAUAAAACAUGCCAGUCAUACGACAUUUUUUAAAAUCAUUUUUUAGUGUAGUGUUUGGUUCCAUGAAAUGAGAGGCAUAUCACUAACUUUAUAUCAU